AUGGAAGUCAAUGGUGAACCAGAUAUAGCUGGUAUUUUCAGCGCGGCUUUAAUGCCAUUGAAAGAUAUGAAACAUGCAGAUAUUUUGGACCAGUAUGAAAUGAACAUGGCUGAUGGAAAUAUAACACCUGACGUUCUAGAACAUUUAUCUCAAAGAACUACACAGAACCAUAGAGAUGGUAUAUUUGGUGAAGAGUUUAGAAAGAAAGUUAUGGAGAGAGAAGGAAGAGAACCUAUUGUACAUGACCUUGCAAACGAAAGUUUACAAAAUGUCAUAAAAACUUACUUUGCAGACAAUGAACCGAGAAGGGAUGAAUAUUUAAGAAAACUCAAAUGGACAGUACCAAAUGAAAUGUUAGUAUUGAAAAACAUGUUCCUUGACAAAAUAAAACCAACUACAGAAAUAAACGACGCAAGACUGAAAGAUUGGGUAAAAGCUUUCCCAUUCACAAAAGAUAUAGUUGGUAACAUGGAAAGAAAAAGAAUGGCUACAAAAACAUAUAUUUGGAAACGAGCUUAUUCCAUAUGGACAGGCACUGUUUGA